AUGAAGCCCUCAUCAGGAAAGCCAUCCUCCACCAAGUCGAUGCCAUCCAAGCCUGCCUCAUCCGGAAAGCCCAAGCCAUCUUUCCCACCUCAGCCACCAUUUGUCGGACCCUUCAGGUACCUCUCAUGCUACAAGUCGACUCGAGGCUUCCCUACCUUCAAGCGAAUUGCCUCAAGCCCCCGUAUGAGCCUCGACCUGUGUGCUUCUAGCUGCGACUCUCCACUCUUCGGAGUCUUCAACAAUGACUGCUUCUGCGGCCAGAGACUUGACGGAAGUGACUUCAGGGUUGAUGAGAGAAAGUGUGACAUCAUCUGCCCUGGUAACAUGCGUCAACGCUGCGGUGGCCUCGACAGACCCGGCCUGCGUCCUCGUGAUGACAUCCCAGCAGAUUGGCUCCUGUCUAUCUAUGAGCGCCGGGGAGGUAACCCAACCACUACCAGCAAGGUCAUUACCAGCACCAAGGUCAUCACCAUCACGUCUUGCCCACCUGCUGUCACCGACUGCCCUAUCGGCCACAAGAUCACCAAGACGUGGACUGCAACUGUUCCCUGGAGCCAUGGCUGGGAGUGGGAGUGGCACAAGAAGAAGGUUACUUGCUACGGAGACUACUGCGUCUCUGGUUAUCACUGCGAUGAAUGUGAACGCCACCGUGUCGUGUACGAUGGCGGCAGCUACCAGUGCGAGGCGUCGUCUGACCCCAACUGGCACAGAAUGGUUCACUGCGACGGUGGUAAGUGCUACUACUCCAAGUGCCACGGCGACGGUUGCAACAAGAAGGUCGUCUGCUGGGAUGGCCAAUGCACUUCUGAAGUUUGCUACGGUGACGAGUGCAAGAAGAAGCUGGUCUGCCACGACGGCCGCUGCGAGCACCAGUCUUGCCAUGGUGAUGACUGCCACAAGAAGUGGGUGUGCAAGGAUGGCAAAUGUACCGUUGAUCCUGGCUGCACUGGAGACUGCAUGGCUCCUCCUCCUGGUAAGAAGAUCGUUCCCGGUGGGUCAAGCUCCGGAUCUUCAGGAUGGUCUGAUCCAGGUAAAUCCGGCUCCCAUGGAUGGUCCGAUAAAGGCAAGUCUGGUUCACAAGGUUGGUCCGAUCCAGGUAAGCCCGGCUCAGGCUCAUCAGGCUGGUCUGACCCUGGCAAAUCUGGUUCAUCCGGAUGGUCUGAUCCAGGCAAGCAUGGACAGGAUGGCGAUUCUGGAAAUAGGGGCGGUAAAGGAGGCUCUGGAAACCAGGGCGAGUACGGUCAUGACGGUCACAAGCCUGGUCCCGCGCACAUCAAGACUGCUGUGCCUCCUAAGAACACCUCACCUGUGGCAGCGGGCUCUAACAAGGGCAUGGUUACUUUUAACCUCCUCGCUGCAGCAGUUGGUCUGGCUUUCUUGAUGUAG